UUGCUAGGGACGCACCAGCCCCAGACCGGGCAGAAGCAGCUACGCGGUGGCGGUAGCGCCCUCUGCGGCCAAGUCUUUGGUCUCUCUCCGACGCUCGCUGUUCUGGUUCAGGCGCGGCAGGGGGCGCAAGGGUGAGCGGAGGGUCCUGUGCGGCGGUGGGCGGAGCCGGAAGCGGUCGCGGGGCGGGGGCACGUCGGGCGCUGCUGCGACUCACCGGAGAGGGGAGCGGGGCCUGGCUCGCCUGGGGGAGGCCGCUGAGAUGCCGCUGUUCGCCCCCAACCCUUUCGAGCAGGAUGUGGAAAAAGCCACAAAUGAAUACAAUACCAGUGAGGACUGGGGUCUUAUUAUGGAUAUAUGUGACAAAGUUGGAAGUACUCCUAAUGGCGCAAAAGAUUGCCUUAAAGCCAUAAUGAAAAGAGUAAAUCAUAAGGUCCCACAUGUUGCUUUGCAAGCACUAACGCUGCUAGGAGCCUGUGUGUCAAACUGUGGAAAGAUUUUUCACUUAGAAAUAUGUUCCCGUGAUUUUGCAAGUGAAGUACGUGGUAUAAUAAAUAAGGCUCAUCCUAAAGUAUGUGAAAAGCUAAAAGCUUUAAUGAUGGAGUGGUCAGAAGAAUUUCAAAAGGACCCUCAAUUUAGCUUAAUAUCUGCAACUAUUAAAUCUCUUAAAGAAGAGGGAGUAACUUUUCCUACAGCUGGAUCUCAGACUCUCACAAGUGCUGCCAAGAAUGAUGCAUCAUCAAGCAAAACCAAAGAAGAUGAAGAUAUAGCUAAAGAAAUUCAGCAGAACAAUCAGAAGGUCUUAAGGAAGGUGCGAGCCCUGUAUGACUUUGAAGCUGUUGAGGACAAUGAGCUCACCUUUAAAAGUGGAGAAAUUAUCAUCGUUUUGGAUGACAGUGAUGCCAAUUGGUGGAAAGGUGAAAAUCAGAGAGGAGUAGGACUAUUCCCAUCUAACUUUGUAUCUUCUAACUUAAAUGAAGAACCUGAGACAGCUACUGUGGAUAAACCACCUGUUACUGAAGAUACUACAGAAGAAGUUAAGACAGCAGAACCUGAACCUGUUUAUAUAGAUGAGGAUAAAAUGGAUAGAGCGCUGCAGGUACUUCAAAGUAUAGAUCCUACAGAUGCAAAGCCUGAUUCACCAGAUCUUCUAGACUUAGAAGACAUCUGUCAACAGAUGGGUCCUAUGAUAGAUGAAAAACUAGAGGAGAUUGAUAGGAAACAUUCAGAAUUAUCUGAAUUGAAUGUGAAAGUUCUAGAAGCCUUGGAACUCUAUAAUAAACUGAUGAAUGAAACGCCUAUAUAUUCAGCCUAUUCAAAGCUCCAUCCUCCAGCACAAUAUCCACCCACAUCAGCUGGUGUUCCAGUGCAGCCAUAUUCUGUACAAUCACAUGGUGGGAACUACAUGGUUCAGGGUAUGCACCAAGUCACUAUUCCCCAAGGCUACAGUCUAGGACCUGAUCAGAUGGGCCAACUGAGGUCCCUGCCUCAAACUAUAAAUUCUUCAGGAGCAACUCAGCCUGUUCAAGCUUCAUAUUUAAGCCCUGGACCAGAUUCUGUGUCAAACUCUGGAUACAUGAACCAGAACUCUGGCCUUCCGUCAGCAACAAGUACAGCUGCUUACACCCAACAUAUGGGAAUGUCUGUGGAUAUGUCAGCUUACCAGAACUCUACAUCUAAUUUGCCUCAAGGAGCAGGCUAUCCUGUGGCACUUCCACCUCAUUCAGUUCCACAGCAACAAACAAAUUACCAUCCACAGCCUCUCCUUUGAAAAUAAACCAAGCUCAUAUUCCUAAAAGCAUUCAUAAAUGUUGGUGAUCCUCAUGAUUUAAAUAGCUUGUCAUUGGUAUACAAGUACACUUUCCCUUGAUUAAAAUGAACAACCCAAUUUGCUGCAUUAUAAAGUUAAGCAAUUAUUUCAGAGUUAAAUGUACUUCAAGUUUGACAGUUCAGAAUCUUUCUAAAGACAGUUUGAGCUAAUGAUUUUUAAAAAAUCAUAAACGAUUUCAGUCCCCACUUAAGUAGCCUCCAUCAGCUAAAACUUUCAAUCUCGCGUAGUAGCAUUCUCAAAUCUAAACUCAAAUAAGAGAACCCUUUCCUUUUUUUUUUUUUUCUGGAAACUUGAGAAGGUGCUUUAAAAUCUAUUUAUGUUGCUUUAUCUGUUCUUUUUGUAGUCUUUUCCAUUACACUGUUUUAGAGAAUCUUUUCAUUUCAGUAGUAUUUCUUCCAACAAACCCCAGUGGUUUAGACAAAUUAUAGGUCUGUUUGUUGUACCAUAAGCAGUUCUACUUUAUGGGAUGCAGUACACAAUAGAACAAUUGCAUGAUAAAGGAAGUGUGAAUGGAGAGGGAGACUAUUCCUUGAUAUUAUGGCAAUGAGGACCAUGUAGAUACAACAAUAUGAAAAUUCUAGGGUGGUGGUUUUUUUUUUUUUUUUUUUUUUUUUUUUGGCAGUGUUGCCAGACUUGAUUUGGAGUUCGAAGGGGGUCUUCUGUUUUCCUUGCAAGGAAUUGGUGGUGGUGGUAGUGUAGGGGGAGGGGGUUGUUACUGGGGAGUUUUCUUUUUCCCCAGAAGGGGUGGCACUCCCAGCAUCUUUCCUUUCCAAAGGUGGGUAGAGGAUGCUGCAAACUAACAGUACUCUGAGGUUGCAGGUUACUAGCUGGCAAUUUGUAAAAUCUGUCUUCAUGUUUGUUUGAGUGGGAGAGCUGUCUCAUUCCCUUUGGUUAGAGAGAGGCUCAGGAGUGCUGUUUAUCAGGGGCCUGUGGGAGUCUGCCUUGUUUGCUCUGAAAAUGGUGGAAGUGAGCUCCAAGAGCACAAGUUACCUUUAUGGACCACGAAGCUCUCGUCAUCUUUAGGCUUUCCUCUCACUGUCACCUUUCACUUGUCUAGAUCAAUAUAUUUGAGAAUGUAUACCACUGUGGAUCCAAAGCAAAGGUCCUUUGUUAGUGGGACUGUUUUCCUCUUUGGACAUAAGGAAUGGAUACACACUGAAAAUGACAAGCAUACCUUUUAAAAAAGGAAUCACCUCAUGCAUGAGGACCUGUAGCAUUCAGUGGAAAAGAAACAAGAUCUGGGGACUUUUCUGACACUUGAAUUGUUAUGGGUCUUUUUUUGUAAAAGAGUAAAUGAACUACAAGAGCUGGAUAAUCUUCCAAGAAUAUGGGAUUUGUUUCCUUUUAUUAUUUUAACUUCUGGAAAUUUGCACAUCACUCUCCUACUUGGCUUACCUACUUGGCUUCUUAAUAUGAUUAUAUUUAUACAUAUUUUUAAUUUUGUUAUGAAUGGCUGACAUUUAGAUUGGGAAGAAUAAUGGAUAUAAAUAAAUUUGAUAAAAUAUCUUGGUUAAAUGCAUGGAAGUCUGAAAGCCUGUCCACAAAUGAGUGUUUUGAUGUACAUUGUUUUCUACUGGAUGAGACCUUGUUACAUCUUCCUUGUGUUCUCCCAAAAUAAAACUCACCAUCUGUUCAAUGCCACCUCCAUUUGUCUUACUGUUACUAAAUACGUUAUUUAAUAUGAUCUUGUUCAGAUGCAGCUUCAUGUUGGAACAAUAAGAUAUUCAGUACCUGAUCAUUUGAUACUCAAGUUUAUGUAACUGGAGCUGUAGUUUUUCUUCUCCAGUGUUUUAAUUUGCCAUUAUCCUUCCAGGUGAAGCUGUUCAGUAUAAAUGUAAAGUGCUUUAAUGUGACACCUUUAAAAUAUUGUGAUAAUGUAUUCCUUGUGUUCUUUGUGGGGGGAAGGAGGGGAAAGAACCAAGAAAAUUCAUUUCAAAAUUCUUUCUAUUUGAAAAUUUGUAUGCAAGGAUUUAUUUUGUUCCAAAUAUUUAAUCAAAUUAAACCCUGUUAACAUUAAUAUAGGUUCUUUCAUGUUUUGUCAUUGAAAUAUAAGGAAAGUUUUUAUUGGAUUCAAAGUUUUUGACAGUAUAAAUAUUGCCCAAUAUCUUAAUUUGGGAUUAAUAGAGUUGGCUCGGAGUUAGAUUAAAGUGUUUGAUAUUUUGUUCUUUAUAAUAUAUGAAGUAUAAAUAGUGUAUAUAUCCAUUUGUGUCUGAGAUUUUAUACACAUGCAUAUAUAUAUAUACCCACACUCGUAAAAACAAAACAAAAACCCAUGACACUUUAUAUUGCAGGAUUUGGCAUCCUAUAAUCUCUUGUAAUCCAAAUCAUAGGCAUUUCUGAAAGUUGUAGAUAGUGUAAAAUAUUUGAUUGUUGUUAAAAUAGUAUUUAGAGGGUUUUGGUGUUAAUGGGAUCAGUUUUCUCUCUUCAUUCUUCUAUACUUUAUCAUAUUUAUUUUUAAGGCCUGAUUGUAACUAAAUAUGCUGCCAAAGGAACUGUUUAACUUCAGAUUUCUACAUUAGGUUUAUACCUGCUGUCUUAUAUUGGGAGGUAAAUAGUAGGUAACUUCUGCUUCUUCAUAUAAAAUACAAGUUUCUGCAACUUUAAAAUGAGAAUUUUAUUACUGUAUUUAACUGUUUCCUGGGUGUCAAAAACAAACUGCGUAAACUUUAUUCUACUUUUAGUUGUUUGCUACCUGCUAAAAAACCUGUGUAAAAGUGUCACUUUUUCACUUGAACAAUAUAUGAGGACAUCAUUUAUAUGUAAUAUCACCAUGCAGUUAAUGUUUUAAAGGAUUUUAAAAUUUCAGCUAUUUUUGAGUUGACAAGCACCUUGUCUAUUUAAUAAACCUUUGUUUUUAGAAAUUCCAUUAUUCCAAAAUAAAACUGGUUAUUAAGAUCAUUGUUAAAGCUUAAAACAUGUUCUGUGUUCA